AUGUUCUUGAUCCUUAACCUACAAUCUUGUUCCUCAUUAUCCCUCAAUUCUGAAGGAUUUGUACUGUUGAAAUUCCGGGAAAGAGUUGACUCUGAUCCACAUGGAACUCUUGCUAAUUGGAAUGUUUCUGAUCAUGAUCAUUUGUGUUCUUGGUUUGGUGUAACGUGUGUCGACAAUAAAGUGAAAAUGCUGAAUCUUAGUGGAUGUUCUUUGGGAGGAACUUUAGCUCCUGAGCUUAGUCAAUUGAGUGAAUUAAGCUCUCUAAUACUAUCCAAGAACAAGCUCUCUGGGAACAUUCCAAAGGAAUUUGGGACAUUCGCUAAAUUGAAGUUCUUGGAUUUGAGAGAUAACAUGUUAAGCGGAGUAGUUCCACAAGAGCUAAACAAAGCGUUGUCACCAGAAAACUUGUUGCUCUCUGGUAACAAACUUGCGGGUUUUCUGAAGAUAAAGUUCAUGAGACUUCAGUCGCUGUAUAAAGUCCAGAUGAACAAGAAUCAAAAGCUGUCUUUUGCUUCAAAAGCUGCCUUCGACUGUGUAAACAGAAAACUUGGAUACUGGCUGCCAGAGAAAUCUCAAGGGAAGAACUAUGCUGCGAAUUAUCAUCCAAGCUCAUUAGAGAAUGAAACUAGUAUCUUCAAAAGGCGUGAGUUACUCGAAGGUACAAGUAACUUAGAGGCAAUGCCUGCUCCUAAUGCUCGUAGUCCAUCUCCAGAGAUUACAACCACAGUGUUUCCUCGAAGCAGCGGGUCUUUUCCUGCGGUAGCUACUGCAAAGAAGAGAAUGCCUCCAUUGAUCUCCCCUCCUCCAAUCGCUGAGAACAAUAACAAGACAGACUCUGAUCCCCCAAGGAAAUUUGAAGAGAAACCAAAAGGGUUUAAGGACGUUUGGUUGUAUGUUGUGAUCGGCGUCGCUGCUUUCGUUGCGGUGCUGAUAAUAAUCGGGGUUAUAUUCUUCUGCCGGAAGAGAGCUGUGAAGAGUAUAGGUCCAUGGAAGACUGGUUUAAGUGGACAGUUGCAAAAAGCUUUUGUUACCGGUGUACCGAAGCUAAACCGGUCUGAAUUGGAAACAGCUUGUGAAGAUUUCAGUAAUAUCAUUUGUGCAUUUAAUGGUUACACUGUCUAUAAAGGAACUUUGUCAAGUGGCGUUGAGAUUGCGGUUGCUUCAACAGCGAUUUUGGAGACUAGAGAAUGGACAAGAGCUAUGGAAAUGACUUACCGCAGAAAGAUUGAUACAAUGUCAAAAAUCAACCAUAAGAACUUUGUGAAUCUAAUUGGAUACUGCGAAGAAGAUGAACCUUUUAAUAGGAUGAUGGUUUUCGAAUAUGCGCCAAAUGGAACUCUUUUCGAACAUUUGCACGAUAAGGAAAUGGAACAUCUUGAUUGGAGCGCGAGGAUGAGGAUAAUAAUGGGAACUGCUUAUUGUCUACAACAUAUGCACGAGCUUAAUCCACCAAUCGCGCAUUCUAAGCUUGGCUCUUCAGGAAUCUACUUAACCGAUGAUUACGCAGCAAAGGUCGGAGAUGUUCCUUUCAACUCACAAACCGGACUUAAAUCCAAAAAACCGAUGAGUGGUGAUUUAGACCAAUCUUCAUUGCCGUUAAUAUCUGAACCGGAGACUAAUGUCUAUAGCUUUGGAGUAUUAAUGCUUGAGAUCAUCUCUGGAAAGCUCUCAGAUUCAGAUGAAGAAGGAUCAAUUCUAAAAUGGGCAUCAAAGUAUCUUGAGACAGAUAAAUUGGGAGAUAUGAUUGAUCCUACGUUAAAAACGUUUAAAGAAGAGGACCUUGAAGUGAUAUGUGACGUGGCACGACAUUGUCUGAGGAUUGAUCAAAGUCAACGACCAACAAUGAAAGAUGUGGUUGAGCAGCUGAGAGAAGUAAUCAACAUUUCUCCAGAACAAGCAACACCGAGACUCUCUCCUCUUUGGUGGGCAGAGCUUGAGAUCUUAUCCUCUGAGGCUACUUAA